CCAACGAAUUACGUGCACAACUCAGCAACAAGAACCAAAACACUUGUCAAAUGAGUUCCAAUUUCAAACAAAAUGAACUUCCCACAGAGGCAGCAAAUGUCAAUGAUGCCUACCCCAUUGCUCUGUCACUAUGUUUCAGUCGAAUCUUUUCUGCAAUUUUGAAUGCUGCUGUCGAUCUCAAUUUGUUUGAUAUCAUUGCAAAGGCACAAAAUUCUAGUGGUUCAAGCUUGUCUGCUUCUGAAAUUGCUUCACAGCUUCCAUUUCAACAUUCAGAAUUGGUUACUAGGCUUGAAAGGAUGCUACCAGUGUUGGCUAGUUUUUCUCUGUUAACUUGCUCCAUUCGUACCACUGAAGAUGGUAGUAGAGAAAGAGUUUAUGCUCUCUCACCAGUUGGUGAUUACUUUGCAAUUGAGAACAUUGGAGGCUCUCUUGGUCCCCUCUCAACCUUAGUGCAUCGAGGAUAUUGUGAUAUUUGGAAUGAUGUGAAGGAUGCAAUUGUAGAUCCUAAUAACAAUAACCACUUCAUAAAUGUUUACGGAUUAGAGCCUUUUCAAUAUAUGGAGAAAAAUAAAGAGUUGAACCACUUAUUUAACAAAGGAGCGGCCCUUUCUGGCCUAUUAGAAAUGAAAGAGAUCCUUAAAAUAUAUAAAGGAUUUGUGGGAGUAUCGACAUUGGUUGAUGUGGGUGGUGGAGUAGGUCAGGUCUUAGAACAAGUUAUCUCUCAAUAUCCUUCAAUGAAAGGAAUUAACUUUGAUUUGCCUCAAGUGAUUCAACAUGCAUCACCUCAUCCAGGGAUAGAACAUGUAUCGGGAGAUAUGUUUGAAAGUGUUCCAAAUGGUGAUGCCAUUUUACUUAAGCGUGUAUGUCAUAAUUGGCCAGAUGAAGAUUGUGUGAAGGUUUUGAAAAUUUGCCAUAAAGCUUUGCCUGAGCAUGGAAAGGUGAUUAUUGUGGACACUAUAUAUCCAGAAGUUCCAAACUCCAGCAUUACAUCUCAAUGUGUCAGUGUUGUUGACAAUCUCAUGUUUUUAGUACAUGGCGCAAAGGAAAGAACUGAGAAUGAAUUCCGAAGCCUGUGCUCUAGCUCUGGAUUUUCCAAAUUUCAUGUUGCGUCUAGUACUGGUUCCUCAUCUGUAAUAGGAGUGAUGGAAUUUUAUAAAUAAAAAUUCCGAAGAAGUAAAUUGGAAUCUUAAUCCAUUAAUAAAAUAAAACUAAUCUAUUUUUACUUUA